GGCGGCGGCUCGGGGAGCAUCUCGGCUGUCACUGCGCUUCUCCGGCGGGAGCGGGUGUCCAGCUUGGCUGCCCUUCGGUCCUUCCCUGCCGCUCUGCGCCGCGAGACCCCUGCCCCUGCUCCCUUUUCUCCGAAGCGGGCGAGGCCCCUGCCUAGCCGCUUCCCGCCGGCCCUGCACCGGGAUCCCGGGGCCGCGGCUCUCGAGGACUCCUGCCCCUCCGACCCUGACCGCCAGGGGGUGCCCCAGGGGCGUAGCGCCGCGGAGAAGGCGAGGCAAACCGGACCAUGCGGCGUCUGACUCGCCGCCUGGCGCUGCCGAUCUUCGGGGUGCUCUGGAUCACCGUGCUGCUGUUCUUCUGGGUAACCAAGAAGAAGUUGGAGGUGCCGCCGGGACCUGAAGUGCCGACCCCCAAGACUUUGGACUCUGACUGGGAAGACCCAUGGGACCAGUUUGAUGAGCGGCAGUAUCUGAAUGCCAAAAAGUGGCGUGUGGGUGAUGAUCCCUAUAAGCUGUAUGCUUUCAACCAGCGGGAGAGCGAGCGGAUCUCCAGCAGCCGGGCUGUGCCUGACACCCGCCAUCUGAGAUGCACCCUGCUGGUCUACUGCGCUGACCUCCCCCCCACCAGCAUCAUCAUCACCUUCCACAACGAGGCCCGCUCCACCUUGCUCAGAACCAUCCGCAGCGUGUUAAACCGCACACCAAUGAAUCUGAUCCAGGAGAUCAUAUUAGUAGAUGACUUCAGCAAUGACCCUGAGGACUGCUUACAGCUCAUCAAGUUGCCCAAGGUGAAGUGCAUACGCAAUAGCGAGCGACAAGGUCUGGUCCGGUCCCGGAUCCGGGGAGCUAAUGUGGCCAAGGGCACCACUCUGACUUUUCUGGACAGCCACUGUGAGGUGAACAGGGACUGGCUCCAGCCGCUGCUGCACAGAGUCAAAGAGGACUACACGCGGGUGGUGUGCCCUGUGAUUGACAUCAUCAGCUUGGACAACUUCAACUACAUCGAGUCCGCCACGGAGCUCAGAGGGGGGUUUGACUGGAGCCUCCACUUCCAAUGGGAGCAACUCUCCCCAGAGCAGAAGGCUCGGCGUCUGGACCCUGCUGAGCCCAUAAGGACUCCCAUCAUAGCUGGAGGGCUCUUCGUAAUGGACAAAUCCUGGUUCGAUUACCUGGGGAAGUACGACAUGGACAUGGACAUCUGGGGUGGAGAGAAUUUUGAAAUCUCCUUCAGAGUAUGGAUGUGUGGCGGCAGCCUCGAGAUCGUCCCCUGCAGCCGAGUGGGCCAUGUCUUCCGCAAGAAACACCCGUAUGUUUUCCCAGAUGGAAACGCCAACACGUAUAUAAAGAACACCAAGCGGACGGCUGAGGUGUGGAUGGAUGAGUACAAGCAGUACUACUACGCUGCCCGGCCAUUCGCUCUGGAGAGGCCCUUUGGGAACAUUGAGAGCAGACUGGACCUGAGGAAGACUCUCCAGUGCCAGAGCUUCAAGUGGUACCUGGAGAACGUCUAUCCGGAACUCAGAAUCCCCAGUGAUUCCUCCAUCCAGAAGGGCAGCAUCCGACAGAGGCAGAAAUGCCUAGAGUCUCAAAGGCAGAAAAACACGGAGACCUACAACCUCAGGUUAAGCCCCUGUGUCAAGAACAAAGGCAAGGAUGUAAAAUCCCAGAUAUGGGCCUUCACAUACACGCAGCAGAUCCUCCAGGAGGAGCUGUGCCUGUCCGUCCUCACUGUGUUCCCAGGCGCCCCGGUGGUUCUUGUCCUCUGCAAGAACGGAGAUGACAAGCAGCAAUGGACCAAGACUGGUUCCCGCAUUGAACACAUCGCGUCCCAUCUCUGCCUAGACACGGACAUGUUUGGUGAUGGCUCUGAGAAUAGCAGGGAAAUCGUGGUCAACCCGUGCGAGUCAUCACUUCUGAGCCAGCACUGGGACCUGCUGAGCUCUUGAGGACCCGAGCCCGAACCAGUGGAGCUGUGGGUGCCGUUUCCCCGGAUGCCAAGCAGACUGGAAAUCAGGCUACAAGCAGCCCACAGCUUCCGUAGAUGAUCUGAACUGGGAGGUGGAGGCAGAGCCCCCGGGCAGGAGCAGAUGUCUCAGGGAGGAUGGAGGAAGGGAUUGCAAGCCAAGUGGGGCUCAGAGACAGAUACCCGUGUUCUCCAUGCUGUUCUAUUCCAGUCCUGGCCUGGUCGGCUCCUGCCUGAGAUCUGGGGAGAGAGCUCACACGGGGAGUGUUACGUUGUUCCCUUUCCUACAGAGGAGGCCAAGGAGAAAAGCAUUUUUUGUGACGAGGCCGGGACUAAAUUGAGAGAGAAAGAAUAGAGGUUGUUUUCAAAACAAAUAAAGGAACCUUAGAAGUUUUCUCUGUGCAUCUCUUUGUUUCCACUACUGUUAGCACCGCGCUGAGCUGAGUUCUCCAUUCAGAGGGGACGCUGGCUGCCAUGACAGGCCGUGUGA